GUCACGCCGAGUUGUCAUAACAACGUCAUUACAUGUAAGAUAAAAAUAGUUUUUCCGGGAAGAAUUCAGACGCCCUUAGCACAAUGGCGGAACUCAAUGAGUUUGCGAACAAUCUUGAAAGAGAACUCACUUGUUCUAUAUGUGCAGAGAUCUUUACCAACCCGAAGACGUUGAAAUGUCUACACAGUUUCUGUCUGAAAUGCAUAUCUGACUGGAACGCGUCAUGCAGACGGGAAAGACGACCACUAACGUGUCCUUUAUGUAAGUCAAUAGAGGGACUCGAAGGCAAUGACGUGUCUAGUCUUCCUUCUUCGUUUCAUCUUCAGCCUCAACUGCAACUUCUUCACGAUAUGAGAAUAAGUGCAGACUCUCGMGAACAGCAAGAAUUGCCAGACUGUGUCAGCUGCAAGACACAAAUGAAACUCGUUGCGUUUUGUCCGCAAUGUCAAGGACUGAUCUGUGCUUCCUGCGUGAAACUCCACCAAACAAUAACAGGGCUCAAAGACAACCAUCAAGCAACAAAGUUCAGCGAUUUCAAGAAAGAAAAUAUCAACAGUUAUGUCAAAAAUCGAAUGCAUUGUCAGAAAAGAUAUCAUGAUAACAAUAAAUUGGACUUUUACUGUACAACAUGCAAAGAACGUAUUUGCUGUGUUUGCAACGGCACGGAACACAAACUACACCACACAGUGACCGUCGAGGAAGCCGCAGAAGAAGUAAAAAUGUUCAUUAUUCGCGAUAUGGAUCGAGUUAAUGAAGUAAAGGAAAACUACGAAAAAGAACUUAAAACGUCUAAGCAGAAUAUGACAAGAAUUGAACAAGAAACUAACGCAGCAAUAAAGGAAGUCACCGAUGAAGUCGAGAAACACAUCAAAGUCUUGAGAGAACAUAAAGCAGCUGUGAUUGAAACCCUGCAGACUAAACUUCAGCAACAGAAAACACAGAAUGACGAAGAACAAAGAGAAAUACGUGAUGGAAUCGAAAGACUUUCUGAAUUCAACCUUCGAGGUCAGACAUUGCUGGAUGAAAAUGUAGCACAUUUCAUUGUCAAAAGCCAGCAUGAUCUUUCUCAAAGAUGUGAAACACUUCGUGAAAAGCCAUCAGUAUUGAACAGCAAAUCAAUUAAACGUAACGCAAGUGUACGGUACACACACAACCAACAAGUCACGCAAGCCCUGCAAAAUAUUGGAACGAUUGUGGAGAGCGUGACAGAUCCUUCAUGUUGUUCAAUUGAAAGUCUAAAUGACAUCAGGUGUGGCUUUGUCAAUCGUUUUGAAGUCGUGACUCGAAAUUCCCAGAAAGAACCUUGCGUGACUUGUCAAGGAUCCAUUGAUGUUCAAAUCCAAGAUGGCGACGGCAUUAAUGUAGAGAAGGAAGUGAGUCAAAGUGAUACUGGGAAAUACACCGUGACGUACCGAGCAGAAAAACCAUGUGAUUACACAAUCCAUGUAAGAAUUGGUGGACAAAAGAUCAAUAACUCACCACAAACUGUGAAGACAAGUGAUGUCAGAGACGAGUUGAAACCUGUGAAAACCUUUGGAGAGAAACUAAGUAGAAUUGGACAGUUAAAUCGUCCAUUGUCACUAGCAGUAAGUGAUAGAGGAGAGGUAGCCAUUGCUGACUAUGGUAACCAUCGUAUUGUAAUAUUCAGUGUUGAUGGGGAAUGUCUGCGGCGUUUUGGCGACAAAGGAACAGGUGGAGGUCAACUUACUGAUCCAAUUGGUGUGGUCUUUAAUAAAGACCGUUUACUUGUUACAGAUAAUAACGAUGGUAACGGACGAUUACAGGAGUUUGACUUGAAUGGUACCUACUGCAGAACUAUUUACAAACAGCAAGGUGUUAGAUUAUUUGGAAUGUGUUCAGCACAUGAAAACAUUGCUGUUUGUUAUGAAAUCCAAAACAGACGUCAGUCAGGAAUAAACGUAUUCAAUAAACAAUCUGGUGAGCUAAUGCAAGAAAUUCCUGUAAACUAUAAUGUACCUUUUUACAUUACUUAUGGCAACGGUAAAUACUUUUUAUCAAAUAUAAUCAAACACCACAUCGGUGUUUAUGAUAAUAACGGUGGAUUUCUCUACAAAUUUGGAAAUUUCGGGAAUGGAGAUGGACAGUUCAACGAUCCACGUGGUCUUGCUGCUAUAAGUGAUGUAAUCCUUGUUUGUGAUGCUCGUAACGACCGUGUUCAGAUGCUGAAUCAAGACGGUCAGUUCAUAAGAUCCUUUGGUGUCAGUGGUUCAGGUCUUGUUCAAAUGAAUUUCCCAGUAGAUAUCACUGUUGCACCAGAUGGUCGAGUGUUUGUACUUGAAUGGGGAAAUAGCCGUGUUCAUGUGUGGCGAUAGAAAUAUUGUAAACUAGACGAUCAGCGAUCGUUUACAUGGGCUUCCUGUGGUAUAUCACAAUCAGUAAAUGAUAUUGAACCCUAAUGAAAUUAAUAUUACUAUUAAAGACAACAGCCAAAAAAGUUUUCCUUUAAUGAAAUAUAAUAAAACAAGCAAUGUACUUGAAAAUAGUAGAAUUUAAUAAUAUUGUGAAAGAAGUAAUUUAUGUUUGACGAGACGUUACUUUAAGAGUCGCAUACUUGGCUGUAUUAAACACAGAUCGAUAGUCUUUCAUGUUCUUCGCUUAAAAUACUUCCUAUCCUCUGUUUUUCCUCAGUAUAAAUCUGUUGACAUGUCUUAGAUAAGUCCUUGGUGAUUGUAGAGCCUGUACUAGUAUAAGUUAGCUUAAAUUGAUGAGCUAAUGUUGAUAGUAGAACCUUAAUUCACGA